AUGAGGGCCGCGCAGAUCGAUCCGUCCCCCGCGGCGCCGCCCAAGUCGCGGCUCAAGCGCAUCUUCGAGCGCCAGGUGCUGCGCGUCUCGCCGGCUGAGCGCCUCCCGUCGGUGCCUCCCGGUGGCGGGGAGAAGGACGAGCUGUCGGAGCCCAGCUCGCUGUGCCUGGACGGCAUGGUGCGGAGCUUCCUGGAGGACGGCGGCGGCGCCGCCGAGCGGGGAGCGGCCGCGCGGUGCUGCAACUGCUUCCACGCCGGCGACACCUCCGACGACGAGGAUAGCCCCGCUGCGGCCGACGCCGCUGCCGCUGACAUCGCGGAGACCAUCAAGGGGCUCGUCCACUGCGCCAGCCUCCGGGAGCGGAACCUCCUGGCCGACGUCUCCACCCUGGUGGAGCACCACCGCGCGUCGGGCGCGCGCAAGCGUGACCUCCUCCGCCUGCUUGCCGAGUCCCUCCGCGCGGAGGGCCACGACGCGGCGGUCUGCCUCUCCCGCUGGGACAAGUCGGCGUCCCACCCCGCCGGGGAGCACGCAUACCUGGACGUCCUCCUCCCAGCCGCGUCGGAGCGCGGCGAACGCGAGCGCGUGCUGGUGGACGUGGACUUCCGGUCCGCGUUCGAGGUGGCGCGGCCCACCAAGGCGUACCGCGCCGUGCUGCAGCGCCUGCCGUCGGUGUUCGUCGGGCGGGACGACCGCCUGCGCCUCCUCGUGGCGGCCGCCGCCGACGCGGCGCGCGCCAGCCUAAAGAAGCGCGGCCUCCACCUGCCGCCGUGGCGCAAGCUCGAGUACAUGCGCGCCAAGUGGCUGUCCCCCUACGAUCGCGAGGCUCCCGCUCCGCCUCCGCAGCCUGAGGCCGCCACCGGUGAGCUCGCCGGCGACGGCGAGGGAGGUGGGCCCAGUGCUUAA